AUGGCAUCGCCGGGAGCGGAGGCCGUGGCCGCCGUUGACCACCGCGGCCGCCCGGUCUCCCGGCGCUCCUCCGGCCGGUGGCCGGCCGCGCUCUUCGUCAUCGGGGUGGAGGUCGCGGAGCGGUUCGCGUUCGCCGGCAUCUCCGGAAACCUCAUCACCUACCUGACCGGCCCGCUCGGGCAGCCGACGGCGGUGGCCGCCGCGGCCGUCAACGCGUGGUCAGGCGUGGCCAUGAUGCUCCCGCUGCUCGGCGCCGCCCUGGCCGACUCCUGGGUCGGCCGCUACCGCACCAUCCUCUACGCCUCCCUGCUAUACAUCCUGGGGCUAGCCAUGCUGACCAUCUCGUCGGCGGCGCACGCCUCCGAGGGCACGCCACAGGCAGCAUCCUUGGCGACGGCGAGCCCGUCCGCGGCCCAGGUGGCCUUCUUCUACGUCUCGCUCUACCUCGUCGCCGUCGCCUACGGCGGGCAGAAGCCGUGCGUGCAGGCGUUCAGCGCCGAGCAGUUCGACGAGAACGAUCCCGAGGAGCUCGCCUCCAGGGGCUCCUUCUUCAACUGGUUCUUCUUCGUCACGGACGGCAGCGUCACCAUCACCGUUCCGGCCCUGAACUACGUCCAGGACAGCGUGAGCUGGCAGCUCGGGUUCGGGAUCCCGGGCGUCGCCAUGGCGCUCGCUCUCGCCGUCUUCCUGCUCGGAACCAAGACCUACCGCUUCUACCCUCCGGCGAGGAAUGGUGGCCUGCUUGCGCGGCUCGGCGAACCGCUUGUCGCCACGGUUCGAUCUUGGCAUUCAUCAUGGCGCACCUCCAAAUUGUCUGACGACUCACAGCCAUUGCUCGAAAGCUCCUCACUGUCACCCAAGGGGGGCACCGACAAUGCCGGUUCCCCUCGUGAAGCGGCAUCGCUACUUAGAUUGUUUCCGAUAUGGUCGGCAUGCCUGAUCUACGCCGUCGUCUAUGCACAGUGGCCUACUUUCUUCACCAAGCAGGCGAGCACGCUCGACAGGAGAGUAGGCAGCCUGGUGGUGCCAGCCGCUGCCAUGCAGAACUUGAGCCAUGUCGCGGUCAUGAUCAUCCUGCCGAUCUACGACCGGAUCCUCGUUCCGCUGGCUAGAAAGCACACGGGGAACCCUCAUGGCAUCACAAUGCUGCAGAGGAUCGGCGUCGGGCUGGCGAUUUCGAUCGUCACGAUGAUCGUCGCCGCGCUCGUGGAGAUGAAGAGGCUUGGGAUAGCAGCAGAUCAUGGCAUCCUGGAUGAGCCUGAUGCUGUUGUUCCUAUGAGCUUGCUGUGGGUGGUUCCCCAGUUCCUCCUGGCAGGGUUGACCAGCGUGUUUGCAUAUGUUGGCCUGCUGGAGUUCUUCUACGACCAGGUGCCGGACUCCCUCCGCAGCCUGGGCAUAGCUCUGUGCAUGAGCAUAGGUGGGGUUGGCUGCUUCAUCAGUAGCUUCCUUGUGUACGCCAUUGACAGGGUGACCAGCAGCAAUGGGGGGAGCUGGUUCUCGAACAAUCUCAACAGGGGGCACCUCGAUUACUUCUUCUGGCUUCUGGCUUCUGGCUGCCCUCAGUGCCUUGGGCUUCUCUGCUUACCUGCACUUUGCAAAGGCUUAUGUCGAAAAGAAAAAGAAUUAUUCAGUUUUGGUACAAUGAUGUACAGAACGUUCAGUGUAAUAAUCAUGGCAAGUAUCAAAGGAAGUGAAGUUUGCUACUACUGA